AUGAAAAAAAAAGAUGUAACAUUUACCAUGGAAAAUAAAACAAUAAACUCUUCAAAAAAUGAUACAAAUAAACAAAAUAAUUUUUCGGAUAAUUUUCAACCAAUUUUUAGAAUUUCAAGAGAGGAACUUGAUAGCCCUGAAGAUUUACCAUUUUCAUUUUCUGAAUUCAUACGGAAGAACGUGAAUCAAUAA